AUGGAUACUGGAUCGGUUACUUCCAGUGAAGAAGAAUCAGAACUGGAGCCAAUGAUUCGUGAACAAAGGGUUCUGCUGGAUAGCUUGGAACGCAUCAUGAACAAAAUGACGAAUGAAACUCGUCAAGGAUUUAUGCCAAUCAUAAAUCAUUGUAAUGAAAGCAAAAUUUUCAUGCAACACCUCACAAAGGAGGGUUAUGGGUACAAAGACGAUCUGCCGGCUCAUCUUCAGGAGGAAUGGAAACGCUACAGGGAGGAGCUAAAGGUUCUGAACACCAUAAAAGUACCACGUCACUGGAGACAUGUUGCAUCAGAACACAAUGCAGCAGAUGUCCUCUCCAGAGGAAUGACAGCUUCAAAAUUCGCGGAACAUGCCAUGUGGUUCUACGGCCCUAUGUUCCUACAUGGUUCAUCAUCCACAUGGCCGGCUCCUUUUAUUGCUACCAACGAGGAAUUAAUAAUUAUGAAUCCGCCAAAGGUUAGUCAACCAUCCGUGAUGACUAUCACAAAAGAGGAGGACAUAAUAUACACAAUACAGCAUAAUAAUUCGUUUAACAAGCUACUCAGAGUAAUAGCUUACAUGAUGCGCUUCCGACGUAAGAAGAAAUACAUAAGCCACACCAUUGAGUUUGAAGAAAUAAUGGAAGCCCGAAAAAUUGUUUUCCGCAACAUUCAAAAUAUCGACUUCAAAGAUGACAUCAAACAUCUCAAGAGGCAAAGGGAGACACUAAAGGGCAGUUCAAUCAACUCACUAUCACCAUUCUUAGAUCAGAAUGGAAUUUUGCGUGUAGGAGGUCGACUGGAGGCGGCAAAUAUAUCAUUCGACUCCAAACAUCCGAUACUUCUGCCAUACAACGACCCUGUUGUGAAGAUGAUUCUUGUGCAAAUACACAAGGACAACAUGCAUUGCGGACCUCAGGCUCUAUUGACUACAUCAAGGCAGCAAUUCUGGAUUCUUAAAGGAAAAACUAUGGCUAGGAGCACGGUAAAAGCCUGUGUCAAGUGCACUAAAGCUAAGCCAAAAUUAAUGGAGCAGAUCAUGGGAAAUCUGCCACCACUUAGAGUAACGCAAGCUCGACCAUUUUUCAACUCUGGCGUCGAUUAUUGUGGACCAUUUAAAAUCCACUACAAAGUGAGAGGAAAGAAGCCUAGCACAGCUUACAUUGCCAUAUUCUGCUGUUUCGCGACUAAAGCGGUGCAUCUCGAGCUGGUUAGCGAUCUCACAACAGAGGCAUUCUUGGCAGCACUUCGUCGUUUCAUUGCUCGGCGAGGGAAAUGCCAAGUUCUUCACUGCGACAACGCAACAAAUUUUGUGGGAGCAAAAAACAAGUUGCAGGAAUUACAGGAGGCUAUAUUCUCCGAUAAUGCGAAAACCCAAAUUCUCCAGGAGUGUAACAACAAGGAGUUCAAUUUAAAUUCAUUCCACCUCGUGCACCACACUUCGGAGGAUUAUGGGAAGCUGCAGUAA